UGAUGGUUCAGUUUCUUAUCGCUUUCUUCUGUAGAAGUCCAUCUCUGUCAGUGGCCCUAUAAAUAUAUCACAAAUACAUAAAGAAUAGUGAUAACUUCAGUAGCAAAUUUAAGUACAGCUUAUAAAGUUGCCAUGGACCAAUUGUGAGGUGGUGCAGAGGAAGGAUGGCUGCGCAGGAAGGUUGAAGUCAACUCAACCCACAAUUAAGAUGAUGCUUUAUAGCUCCAAAAAACAAGUGCAACUGUUCUUUUAUAGCAGAUAUCCUUGUGCUUGUCUCAUUACACAUGAGGAGAUGGUCCACUGACCUGCAGCAAGAGAGUCUUGAUGAGCUGAGCUCCUAAUAAGGAAGAGCAGAGGCGCACGCUCUGUAAAUAUCCCUCCAGUCUGAGAAAGAAGAGGGCAGGCAGCUCGGGAGGAAGAGGGAAGCGGAUGGAUUGUGGCCUUAUAUGGACAUAGCAGUGCUUUUCCCAGGGUUUGUGGCUCUGACCCCGGCAUGAUGCCAGAUGCUGCAGAAACAGCUCCUCAGCGCCACCAGGGGGCUCAAGAUCAAACGUGAGGAAUGACGUCAACAGUUCAAAUUCUGGUCAACUUGUUUACCACAGCUUAUUAAAACUAAACGCACUGCACUUUGGAUUGCCUAAAAAUAAAACUGCAUUCUCUCUACAAAUGAUCUAAAAAACCCUGAAGGCUCCUGGUUUGUCUUUGUUAAAUUGGACUUCAUUGGAAUCAUGAGCGAACUGUUGAUACUCCUGGCUCUGCUACGGUGUUGUGUCUCUCUGCCAUUGUGGCUUUAUUUUACAUCAUGUUUUUGUGGAGGAGUAACUUCUGCCAACAUUGUUUGCAAGAAGGUCAUGGGUUCGAAUUUUACCACAUGUGGGAAGGCCUUGUUAUAUGUUUGCUUUGUUCACCCACAAGACAAAAACAUGCGUUGUUCGAUUUAGGAUCAUGAAAAGCACUCAGUUGAUAAGCCACCGAUUAGCUGUCCUUCUGUAUAAUACAUGUACAAUAAAUUGAUAUUGUCCAUUGUGAGAUUUAAAGAGGGAAAAGUUCCCUUUCCUAGUGUGACCUUCACCUCUUAUCUAGUAGUGAGUUAUUUCUGACUUUGACAGCAAUAAUGAUAGAUUAGAUUUACACAGUGCUUUCUUGACACCCCAAACAGCCUCACGUCUUACUUUCUUUUUAGAGCUUUAAAAGUUGUUUUUUCCCCCCCUUUUAUAGUUGCGUUAUUAUAUUUUUCUUGAUUAGAAUAAUCUCCUUUUCUAACUUCUUAUGCUUGAUAUUUUUGGAUUUAUUUUUUAUUUAUUUAUUUUUAGACUAUUUUGCUGCGUAAUAUUUUACUGCUGUGAAUGUAAUUAAUUGAAUGUUAUUGUUUGUUUAUUUAUAUUUGUUAGCUAGAUGCUUUGUUUGCGAGCAAACAUUUGAUUUGUCAUAGACAGUAAUUAUUUAAGUCAAAUCUAUCAACAUAUUAUGGACAAAAAGAGGCCAAAAAAUCAAUUUACGUCAGUCAAACCUGAGCUCAUCAUCGGUUCGAUGGGAGAUCCAUAUCGGGUUUUGUAUAGCACCUUACUCAGCUCCGGGUUUUCGCGUCGGCCGGACGGAAUGUUGCUCGUCACUUUAGCUCUAACUUUCUAACCAACUCCACAAUGAUCCGAACAAAACAACAAGCAGCACAAAACUUCCGUUGAUCGUUUUGAAGCUUAAGAGCAACAUUUUGGAAGACACAGCACUACCUUGCUCCCGAUUCGGAUGAGUGUUCCUGCUUAUAAGUUCAUUUGAAAGUGACCUCCACACCAUGGCCAGUGACACUGACCCCUACAUCUUCUCCACUGAUGCGCUGCCCGAGGAUCUCCGCUUCCUCCCCCCUCUGGCCAAUGGGCAUCUGGGAUGGAGAGUCUAUCACACCGUAAUGCACAUGGGCGGCGUGUACAAUGGUGAGGGAGGUCAGUGUCACCGCGCAGACAUCCCCUGUCCUCUGGCUGCCACGGUUCGCGGUAAGGAACCUCACCAGGACUCCUACGACCUGGAUACACGCUCAGGAGUUUUCACACACACUCUUACCUCAGACCACGUCACCGUGUCUCAGUCGCUGUAUGCGCAUCGGUACCACUGCAACCUGCUGGUGAUGGAGGUUCUCCUUGUGCGACACAGGACCUCACAAGAGCCUGUCACUGUUGACCUGGACAGUGCGUUCACUCCUCAGAGCACGGAUAUAGAUUUUGAGGCUGGUCCUGAUUAUAAAGUUGGCAGAUACAUUCACGGACAGACGACGACAGCUGAGUUCACAGGAGGCCCCUGUCCCUCGGUGCACCUCAUCUGGACCCCAGUCCCAUCUUCUCUGACUCUGCUGCCUGAACAGACUAAGUGCCGCUGGGGUUUCAUCGUGGCAGCGGCCGACACUUCAGAGAGGGCCCAGGCCAGUUUUGAUGAGGCUCUUGAACUCAUGGCGACCGGUGACUUGCGGAAAUCUCACGAGCUGGCCUGGGAGGAGCUGUGGCUGCAGAGCAAGGUGGAGGUCACGGGUUCAGACAGCCUCUGCAGGGCUCUGAUUGGCUGCAUGUUCUACCUGCUCAGUGCUUUUCCCUCCAUACACGACACUUCCAGCACCUUUGGUGGCGUCAGCCCCGGUGGACUGUCCAAUGGUGGAGACGGCCAGGACUACUGGGGCCAUGUUUUCUGGGAUCAGGACAUCUGGAUGUAUCCUGCUGUGGCUCUUUUUUACCCCAAGCUGGCCAGAGCAGUGCUGGAGUACCGCGUGCGGACGAUAGAUGGCGCUAAAGACAACGCCCAGAAGCAGGGUUAUAAGGGACUUAAGUUUCCCUGGGAGAGUGCGGUGUCUGGAAGGGAGGUUUGCCCAGAGGACAUAUAUGGUCAACAAGAAAUUCACAUCAAUGGAGACGUCUCGUUGGCCUUUCAGCAUUAUCUCUACCUGACUGAGGACAUUUCCAUGUUCACAGAAGGAUGUGGAAGUGAGGUCAUCUGGGGAGUAGCUGAUUACUGGGUUUCCAGGGCAACCUGGAAAGAAGAGGACGGGCAGUAUCAUCUUUUGGGUGUAAUGCCUCCAGAUGAGUACAACUACAAUAUCAACGACUCUGUGUACACAAAUGCAGUCGCAAAAUUCAGCCUGCAGUUUGCUGUGGAGUUAGCCGGUCUCCUCCAGUACCCUGCCCCAGACCAAUGGAAAGAAGCUGCUGACAACCUCAGUAUCCCUUUUGAUGAGGAGUUCCAAUAUCAUCCGGAGUUUGACGGCUACAAAAAAGGUGACACAGUCAAACAGGCGGAUGCAGUGAUGCUAGGGUACCCUCUUGGCCUGCCCAUGACUGCAGAGGUCCGGAGAAAUGACUUGGAAGCCUAUGAGCCAGUCACAGACCCUGAUGGGCCAGCCAUGACCUGGGGAAUGUUUGCGAUUGGCUGGCUGGAGCUCGGGGAAGCUGAGAGAGCUCAAGUGUUACUUCAGAAGUGCUUCAAAAACAUCCAGGGGCCGUUCCGGGUGUGGAGUGAAUCACCAGAUGGCUCUGGUGCUGUGAACUUCCUCACUGGUAUGGGAGGAUUCCUGCAAGCUGUGGUGUUUGGUUACACUGGCUUCAGAGUUCUGAAGGAUUGCCUGGCAUUUUCACCAAUUUUACCUGAUGGCAUUGGUGCGCUCUGCGUCCGCGGUGUCAGCUUCCUGGGCCGACAGUUGGACUGGCUGCUGAGGAAAGAUGACGUUUGCAUCAUUAUGAGGGAGCAGACAAGCAUCACAGACAUGGUUCAACCCUGUGACCUACAAGUUGUCAUGCAAAAAUCAGGAACAAAAAUCCCUUUGGUAUCAGGGGAGCCUGUCACUCUUCCUCUGGAGCCUGGAUACAUUUGCAAAGUGACCUCAACAUCUUUCUGCUGGCCUUUGUGAUGCAGAACCAGCUGUCAUUACUUACUAAUCAUAUCUAUCAUUCCUGUGGUGUCACGCAUCAUAACACAG